CCGACGUACUGUCGUGAAUUUAAACUGCUAAUACAUCGGUCACCGAUUCUCAACAGUCGUGAAAACACCUGGACAAACUUGGAUGUUUCUAUCGGUUAAUGUUUUGUUAGUUUUUGUAAGACUGUUAUGCAGUUUCAGCACCGGGCAGAGUGGAGUUUGUGGGGCGGAAUAUUUGCUUUUCAGAUUUCCUCUUCAAAUAUGAAUUAAACACACCCGGUUCGUUGCGGAGAUGCUGUAUUUGCUAUAUUAGCUAUUUAAAGAAAAACAAUACAGUCUUAUAACGGUUCCGCCCAAGCAGAAAAGAUUCAGCUGAGGAAACCAUGACACUCGCUCCGAAGGAACUGUCCAACCUGCUGAGCAUCAUCUCGGAAGAGGCUUGCACCAACUCCUUCGAAAGCCUCUCCACUCACUUUCAUCAUUACUUCGGGAAAGCGGAGCACUUCAGGGUGGGCUCGGUGUUGGUCAUGCUUUUGCAGCAACCGGACCUACUGCCCAGUUCCCCGCAGCGGCUCAUCGCCCUCUACCUGCUGUGGGAGAUGUACCGCACCGAGCCACUGGCCGCUAACCCUUUCGCCGCUGUUUUCGCGCACCUGCUGAACCCCGCACCUGCCGGAGAGGAGCAGGAGAAGGUGCUGUCCGGCUUCCUGCCUCCCAUUACCCAACCUGAGAAGUUCUUCCUGUCCCAACUGAUGUUGGCACCUCCCAGGGAUCUCUUCAAAAAGACACCCAGACAGGUGUCCUGCAUGGAUGUUGGCAACAUGCCCCAGUCUGUAGACAUCAGCGGGUUGCAGCUAGCGUUGGCAGAGCGUCAGUCAGAGUUGCCCACUCAGAGUAAGGCCAGUUUCCCAAGCAUUCUCAACGAUCCAGACCCAGACUCGUCCAACUCAGGAUUCGACAGCUCUGUGGCCAACCAGAUCAUAGAGUCUCUGGUCACAGGCCCGCGCCCUCCCCUGGAAAGUCACUUCCGCCCUGAGUUCAUCCGGCCGCCGCCUCCUCUCCACGUGUGUGAGGACGAGCUGGCGUGGCUGAACCCUACCGAGCCAGAUCACAGCAUCCAGUGGGAUCGCUCCAUGUGUGUGAAGAACAGCACCGGCGUGGAGAUCAAACGCAUCAUGUCCAAGGCCUUCAAGAGCCCGCUGUCUGCACAGCAGCAAUCACAGCUGCUGGCUGAGCUGGAGAAGGACCCGAAGCUGGUUUACCACAUCGGUCUGUCUCCGGUGAAGCUGCCUGACCUGGUUGAGAACAACCCGCUGGUGGCCAUCGAGAUGCUGCUAAAGCUGAUGCAGAGCAGCCAGAUCACAGAAUAUUUCUCAGUGCUGGUCAACAUGGACAUGUCGCUGCACUCCAUGGAGGUCGUCAACAGGUUGACCACAGCUGUGGAUUUGCCUCCUGAGUUUAUCCACCUCUACAUCUCUAACUGCAUCUCCACCUGUGAGCAAAUCAAAGACAAAUACAUGCAGAAUCGCCUGGUCCGUCUGGUCUGUGUCUUCCUGCAGUCGCUCAUCCGGAACAAGAUUAUCAAUGUUCAGGACCUCUUCAUCGAGGUUCAGGCUUUCUGCAUUGAGUUCAGCCGCAUCCGCGAGGCCGCCGGCCUCUUCCGCCUCCUCAAGACUCUGGACACCGGAGAAAACCCCACCGAGGCCAAACCUGCCAAAUAA